AUGUUAAUGAUUUAAAUUGUGUAUUAGAUGAUGUUCUAAAUUAAUGCUUUUCAGAAUUAUGUAUAAGAUUUAGUGGAGAUGGAAUCAUUUAAAUUAAUGGUGAACAAUCUGAUGAUGGUAACUAUUUACCCUGUGAUGGAUGUUAUUAAUGUCAAUACUAAUGUUAUCUUGAAUGUGAUUAAGGAUAAGGUUGUAAAGAGUGUGAUAAUUAAUUUACCUUAAUUAAUGAAACAGCUACAAGUUAAGAGAAAAUAGUCUUAAUUGAAGAUAAGGAAGAUAAGAUGAAGAAGCUAAUCUUGAUAUUGUUAUUUCCAGAUACAGUGAUAAUUAAAUAUUUAUAGACCUUCAAUGCUUAUCUUAAUUUGGGAAUGGUAUCCUUAACUUAAAAUAUGAAUAAUGCAAUGAUGGUAAUUAAUUUGGAGGAGAUGAAUAUUCAUCUGUUUGUAGUGAAGAAGAUUUUUAUUAGCGUCAAAAUUAUGAAAAUGCAUCUAGCAUUUGUUCUUAUAUUUUACAUAUUGACCUAAUUUUAAUUAAUCUCUUAAAUAAAACUAACCAAACUUAGUUGAUUUAAUUAAGUUUCACAUAAAAUGUUAAAUUACUGUAGGGUUUUAAAUUUGAAGAAAUUGCUGUAUUCUCAAUUAUAUACGAAACAAUUGCAUCUAUAAAUGUAAAACAAAUAUCAAACCUAUCAACUGCAUAUAAUAUUCCAUUAUAUGAAAUUACAGUUGAAUUCUUCGAACCUGUUGAAAAUUCUGUGCUUUAAAUUGAAUCAGCUUAAUCAAUUAUUAAAAAUUAAUUUGAUUUAGAUUUGUUGAGAAAUCAGUCUUGCCACUUCUUUUGUAUUAUCUGA